GCAUGCGCCUCCCGCCGCGCCGGUGCGGAGGCGGCGCCCGACGGUUGGCGGCGCCGUCGCGGAGCAGCGUCCGGGGGGGCGCGCGCGCUCGCCGUCGCUGCGUUCCGCCCGCUGCCCGGCCCCGCCGGGGCUGGCGGCCGGCGCGGCCGUUGCGAUGGCGAGCGGCUGCCCGGCGGCGGCGGCCGCCCCUCCCGGCGGCUCCCGGGGGCCGGCCCGCGUGGUGGCGGAGUGCUCGUGGCCCUGCGCGUCGCCGGGCGGCCUGGCCCGCGCGCUCUGCCUGCGGCGCGGCGGCGGCGAGGCAAGCAGCGGCAGCGAGGCGGCGGUGGUGGAGCGGCCUGCCGGCGGCGGGGACGACGCGCCGUGCGUGCUGCGCCUGGAGUGCGAGCCGCCGGGCUGCGAGGAGGUGGCGGCGCUGGCGGUGGUGAGCGAGGCGCGGCACAUGGAGGUGUACGUGGGCGAGGAGUACUGCGGCACCGGCCGCGGCGAGAGCGCGGGCGCCCUGCGGCCCCCCGGCGAAACCGAAAAGGUUACUUUAUACAAAAAGUAUCUCAAGCUGGAAUGCCCUGCAGCCUCCUGUAGAAUUAAGCUGCUCUCCAUUGGUGAGAAACAAAGAGUACUCAUCAGUAAAAUAAUUGUACAAGUGGAAACAGUGUCUGCAAAGCUAGCAACUGAUUUUCCUUCACUAGGAUCAAGCAUAGAUCUAAACAGAGUGCAAACUAUAAUGGAAUCCAUGGGGUCAAAGUUGUCUCCAGGUGCUCAGCAACUCAUGGACAUGGUCCGAUUUCAGCAGAAAAACAGUUUACCUCUUGGAGACAAACUCAGUUGGAUCUUUGAGAAAAAUUCUGACUUUGAAGACGAGCAUCCAGUAGAUGGAUUACAUGGUGCAACUAUUCAGACAUCAUUAGAUCUAUCACCCACUGAACCUUUGCCUAUUAUAAACUGUUUAUCAAGUGAAACAGUAUAUGAAGACUUAAAAAUCAAUCUUGAUCUAAACACACAGAUACCUGAAAGAGAGAACCCUUCUGAUUCUGGAGCACUUACUACUCAGCAAAAUAUGCUGGACCCCAGAAAUGAUUUUAAAGUCUUGGGAUCUUUGCUUACACAGGAGCAAACAAGUGAAAAUCCAAAUACAGCUAAUCUGAGGGAGCUUCUUCCUUUUCUUCAAAACUUAUGUCAUCAGGUAAAUCAUCUUCGGCUAAAAGAUGGAAAUAAGCAUUUUGAGAAAAAUGUUGUGACUAAAGAAGAAGCCGUUCAGAGUGUUGGAUUGGAACAACAGCCUAUUUGUUCCUAUUUAGAAAAAAUCAUCUCAAAAAAUAUGGAUCUGAUGGAGAAAAAACUAAUGGACUAUAUUGAUCGCCAAAUCCAGACUCUUCAGACACAUAUAGAUAACAAAAUGGUUCUGUUAAUGGACUUAGUUCAGAACUCCAAGCCAAACAAAAUUUCACAAACGCACUAUGAUACUAGUGAAGGGUUCUCAAAUGGAGAGAGAUAGAUGUAUGUAGAUAUAGGACUCCAAUGUAAGUAUUUUUCUAAGGGCAGUUAAACUUUACAAAGUUCAGUAUUUAUGGAAUUAUAACUGUAAAGAACCUCAGUGUUGUUGACUUGCAUUUGUUACUGUAAUCCUAUCCACUAUUGUACACAGUUGUUAGUUUUCUGAAAGAUCUUAAGAAUGUAUGUUUUUCCUAAAUACAAGAAUUUUGUAUGCCCUUUGUGGCUUAUUUAUUGAAAGAGCAUUAGUAAAAGCCAUGUGGAAUACAGUAUCCCAGUUUCAGCUUGAACAAUGGGGAGAAGUACUCUAAAUAAACUGAGUUACAGCUUA